CAUCUGCCAUUCAAGUUUUGGCGAGGGUUUUGGGUGUCAUCCCAAAAGGCAGGGUUUUUAGGGCAGGAGAUUCAAAAAGCACAUAGAAAUUUCUCUCUGAAGCACAGGUUAGUCUCUUCCUGCAUUGCCUAUAUUUUCAAUCCAUGUUCGAGAGAGUAAUUUAGAAGGCGGCUUCCAACCUAAAAGCAAAAACUUCAGGAGAGGGCUACAGGGUUUAUCGUGGAGGAGGGUUUCCGGGCUGAUUUCACAUUGGAAUUUGUUAGCACUGGUGAGUCCCUUCCGCAAUUGUCCAACAUCCAUGUUUAAUCUCAUAUGCAAAGCGUCGCCCUCUUUGAGGUCUUCUUUUAGAACUUCACCAACCCAUAAACUGUUUUUUCUUCAAGACCACCCGUUAUCAUCAUCAGGAAGAAUUCUCAAAUCCGUAGCAAACACUUCGAAUGAGCACUCAUUCACAGUCUGUUACCUCAUAAACUCAUGUGGGUUUCCUCCGGAAAAAGCUCUCGCAGCUUCCAAGUACAUGAAUUUUGAAACCCCCAACAAACCUGAUUCAGUGCUUGCUUUCUUUAGAAACCAUGGGUUCACAGAAACCCAGAUCUCAAAUCUUGUCAGAGGGUCUCCCCCAGUUUUACUAUGUAAUCCCGAGAAAACCCUUUUGCCCAAAUUCCAAUUUUUUACAUCUGAAGGCGUUUCAAGCACUGACCUUACCAAAAUAUUAACUCGUGCACCAAGUAUUCUGAAAAGAAGCUUGGAAAACCAAAUCAUUCCAUCUUUCCAUUGGUUCAAAAAUUUACUGCAAUCGCGUAAAAGAACAAUUUCCGCCAUGAAACGUAAUGCUGAAUUUUUGUGUCAUGAUUUUCAGACUAAUUUGGUGCCUAAGAUUAAUAUAUUGCGGGAUUUGGGUGUGCCGGAAUCGAAUAUUGUGGUUCUGUUAAUAUAUCACGCUAAAGCGUUAUGGACAAGUACUGAAAGGUUUAAAGAUAUUGUCCACGAAGUUAAGGAAAUGGGAUUUAACCCACGGAGAAUGAAGUUUAUUCGUGCAAUUCAUACGCGGAAAUCUAUGAGUAAGUCGACAUGGGAAAAGAAGGUGGAACUUUAUAAGAAGUGGGGUUGGUCUAUGGAUGAGAUCGUGGUUGCCUUUGGGAAGAAUCCAUGGUGUAUGUCAGCCUCUAAAGAUAAGAUUACAGGGGUAAUGGAUUAUCUCAUCAACAAUGUGGGUUUGGAGACUUCUGUAGUGGCCCAAUCUCCUAUAAUAAUUUCAUAUAGCUUGGAGAAGAGAAUUGUCCCUAGGUGCUCAGUUUAUCAAGUUCUGGUGUCAAAAGGUUUGGUCAGGAAGGAUUUUAGAUUGACUACAAUGUUUAAUUAUCCUGAAAACAAGUUUGUGAGGCAUAUUGAGAAUUCUUAUGAGAAGGAAGCUCCGGAGCUCUUGAAGCUAUAUCAGGAAAUAUUGGAUCGUUCAAAGUGAUCAGGUGGAUGACCAAUUCGAUAUGACAGAAGAAGAUUGAUUUUUAUGGUAACUGGAAUUGGUCUAGUGAAGCAACAGUUCUUGCUUUUGUCAAAUAUCCAUGGUGUAUUAUGACAUAUUGGGAAAAAGAUUAUGGCGGUGAUGGAUUGUUAUGAUAAUGUUAUCUGUUGGAAUCUUUGUUAAUUGCUCAAAGUCUGCAAUAGUGCAAUGUCUUUUGCAGAGCUUGGAAGAGAAUUAUUCCAAGGUGUUCAAUUGUUCAAGUUCUUUCGAACACUGGAUGAAAAACAUGCAAGCUUAGCUACAUUGUUGCAGUGUACUGAAAAUAAGUUUCUUUAAGAAAUUUGUGAUUCCUGACGAGGAAGAAGCUCCUCAGCUGUUGAAGUUACAUCGAGCAAAAUUGGAUCCUUCAAAAUAGCAAGGACCCAGUACUUAGGGUAAUCUAACCUAUAUUGUCUUGCUCAUGGCAGUGCCAUUAAUUUAGAUUAGGUCUUUAUGAACAUUGUUUUUACUGGGUUGGUGAAAUUGUGACAUUUCUGAUGCCACACUGCCUUUUCUUUAUAUUUUCGGUGAUUUUAUUCAUUUUGAUUACAACAGUUUGUA